UAUAAAUAAGGUACGCUUUGGCCUUAGGGUAGAGGCAGAGAGAUUCAUAGAAUAGCUUAGAGAGAUAGAUUCAAAGAGUGGCUAAAAGGGUUUUUGGAGAUCUUUUUUUAAUAUUGCUUGCUGCUCUUCUUCAACUCUUUACCAGAAAAUUAUAAGCCGUCGCAGUUUUCAUCUUCGCCAUGGGCAAUUUAUUGGGUAAGCGAAAGCUGGAUGAUGAUGUUGAUGAUUUGGAGACCAACCCGAUUCUCAAGAAACAAAAGGUAACAUCCGAGGAGACAAUAACGGAAGAACUUGCUGAUGAUCCUAGUCUCCAGCACAAGUCUGAUGAUGAUCAGGAGGCUGAUUCGUUUGGUAAGCGAAUCCUGGAAGAUGAUGAUUUGAAGAAACUUAAGGAAACAUCCGAGGAGACAUUAAUAACGGAAGAACUUGCUGAUCCUAGUCUCCAGCACAAGUCUGAUGAUGAUCAGGAGGAGACAAUGGAAGGACUUAACGACGACACUCCCGAUUUAGUCGAGGAAGACGAAGCCGCCUCGAUGAAAAAUACGCUCUGUAUUACCCAUCUCUCUCGCCAUGCUAAUAUACAAGAUAUCAUCGAUUUCUUCAAAGGUGUUGUACAUGUUCGACUUGCUAUGAAACAAGAUGGUAAGCAUGCUGGCUAUGGCUUUCUUGAGUUUGCUUCUGAUAAAGAAACAAAAAAGGCGCUGGAAAAGAAGAACGGUAAAAGUUUGCUCAAUCGCAAGAUCACUCUUUAUGUGGCUAAUAAGAAGACAUGCCCUCUACCAAAGUAUUCCUUGGAUCACAAGGUUUCGUACGAAGAAGACUGCCUUGGACGAGAAGAAGAUGAGACCACACCUGCUGAGGACCAAGUACUCUUUGUUGCUAAUCUCUCUCCCCAAACUAAAAUAUCAGAUAUCAAACGGUUCUUCCUUAAUGUUGGAGUAGCUGUUGUAAGCGUUCGACUUAUCGUAAACCAAGAGGGGAAGCAUGUGGGCUAUGGCUUUGUUGAGUUUCUUUCUGCUUACCAAGCAAAGAAGGCGCUGGAGAUGAAGAAUGGUGAAUAUUUGCACGAUCAUAAGAUUUCGUUGAUGAUGAUGAAAGGAGGACAUGGCGAAACAGAAACUACUCCCAAUUUUGCUGAGGAAGUUGCCAUAAGAAAAACAAGGACGCUCUUCGUUGCGCAUCUUACUUCCCAAACUAAAAUAUCGCAUAUCAUCAGUUUCUUCAAAGAUGUUGGACAAGUUGUUCAUGUUCGACUUAUUGCUAACAACAAGGGCAAGCAUGUGGGCUGGGGCUUUCUUGAGUUUGCUUCUGCUAAUGAAGCAGAGAAGGCUCUGCAAACUAAGAACGGUGCAUAUUUUCAGGGUGGCAAUAUUUUACUUCAAGUGGCUAAGAUGAAUCCAUUAUCUCCACCCAAGUAUUGCAUAGAUCACAAAGUUUGGUACGAAGACUACCUUCGACAAGAAGAAGAUGUGGCAGUGGAAGGACUUGCUGAUUAUGUUGAGGAGGAAGCAAGAAAAAAGACGCUGUUUGUUACCAACCUCCCUUCUCAAGUUAAAACACGACAUAUCAUCUCUUUUUUCAAAGAUGUUGGACAAGUUGUUGGUGUUAGACUUAUUGUAGACCACAUGGGUAAGCAUGUGGGCUGUGGUUUUGUUGAGUUUGCUUCUGCUGACGAAGCAGAGGACGCGCUGGAACACAAGAAUGGUCAAACAAUGUUGCGCUUUAGUCAAUCUUUUUUUAGUAAGAUGUUUCUUGACGUGGCUGAGAGAGCUCCAUACACAAUCCGACCCAACUACAACCUUGUAGAGAAGCUUUGGUAUGAAGACAACCUUCUACGAGAACCUAAUCUGAAGCAUCAGGAGGUAAAAUCCGACGUGAUCAGAUUCUGGGGUAAGAAGACUAUCUUCUCUUACGACGACGACAACGACAACUGCUAGAAGAAGAAGAUGAAGAGACUCUUUGGUGUUUUUUAACUUU